AUGUUGAGUGCCUGCACCACCGCUGCGCCGCCGCUGCGCCGCCGCUGCGCCGCCGCUGCGCCGCCGCUGCGCCGCCGCUGUGCCGCCGCUGCGCCGCCGCCGCGCCGCCGCCGCGCCGCCGCCGCGCCGCCGCUGCACCGCCGCUGCCCCGCCGCUGCCCCGCCCCCGCGCCGCCGCUGCCCCGCCCCCGCGCCGCCGCCGCUGCGCCGCCGCUGCCCCGCCCCCGCGCCGCCGCUGCGCCGCCGCUGCGCCGCCGCUGCCCCGCCCCCGCGCCGCCGCUGCCCCGCCGCUGCACCGCCGCUGCACCAAACCGAAGGCAGCAUUUGUCUUGUGGAAAAGGAGCCAGACGAGAUCCUUGUGCAGAACUCUGACGGCUUAGACGAUUACCAGCUGGAUGUAGAGGAGCACCUCGUCUGCCUGCUGUACCGCACCAACACCCUCAACUGCUCCUGGUCCUUCCCCCCCCUGCCGGAGGACACUCAGCUCUCCGUGGCUAUCAGCAUCUGUGAUGGCGAGACCACCCUCGACUCUCUUAAACAGCCGUCUGUGGACACAGUUGGAUCUGCGUCUUGGCCACUCAGCGAGGACAAGAUGGACUUUACGAUUGUCCGGUUCAACAUGACGCUGGGAGACGAGUGGACAGCCCACACCCACGUCUUCAGCGUGGACACCCAGAGGCUGCUCCCCCCACCAGGAAACAUCUCUGCAUCAGUCAAAGACGGGAGCCUCUUCGUACGAUGGGACCGGCCUCACACCAAAUUAACCACGAGAUCUGCAUGUUUCCAGUACCAGCUGGACCUGGGGGCCCCGGACCUGGUAACCGUGAAGGACCGGGAAUACCACGAAGUCCCAAUUGCAGAUCCUUACCGCACCUACCGCGUCAGAGUGAGGACGAAGUUAGUGGACGUCUGCUACGGACCUCUGCACUGGAGCGAGUGGAGUCCCACUGCUGUGCUGGAACCGUCCCAUUACAUGCUUGACCCUCUGGUGAUCGUCCUGAUCUCUCUCGGAGUACCCAUGAUCCUCCUGGCCGUGCUGCUACUGGUGCGCCAUCAGAGGUUGUCUAAAGUUCUGUUUCCCCCGAUCCCCCGCCCUCCUCCAAAGUACAAAUAUUUCCUAGAAAGAAGUGAUCCACAAAAUUUCUUCCGUCCUGCGCCGCCAGUCAAGUCAGAGGAGGAGAUCACAGAGGUGGAGGACGCAGAUCAGAACCCUCCAUAGAGAUGUGCUGCUUCAUGUACGGAGGACGGACCCAUUUGUGCACAGUGGGACAUUUUUGUGUCAAGCUUAUCAAUAGAUGAGUGGCAGACGUUAGUGUCUCUGUCACCUCCCAGCCCAAGACCCUCUGGGCCACAAAUCUAGCGUGCUAGCUAGUCUAUGUUCUAGGACGUCAACAGUGUCCUAGCAGCAUCAACAGCAUAAACAGCAUCAACAGCAUAAACAGCAUCAACAGCAUCAACAGCAUCAACAGCAUAAACAGCAUAAACAGCAUCAGCAGCAUCAACAGCAUCAACAGCAUCAACAGCAUCAACAGCAUAAACAGCAUCAACAGCAUAAACAGCAUCAACAGCAUCAACAGCAUCAACAGCAUCAACAGCAUAAACAGCAUCAACAGCAGCCUGUUAUUGAGUCCUUUUCUUUAAGUGUGUGUGUGUGUCAUCUGGACUAGAAACAGUUCAAUGGAAGCACUAUCCAUCCAUCCAUCCAUCCAUCCAUCCAUCCAUCCAUCCAUCCAUCCAUCCAUCCAUCCAUCCAUCCAUCCAUCCAUCCAUCCAUCCAUCCAUCCAUCCAUCCAUCCAUCCAUCCAUCCAUCCAUCCAUCCAUCCUCAUAUGUUACUUGUGCCAGGACUACUGACUCCAA